AAACAAUUGAGAACAAUGGUUGACUUGUAGAGCCGUUUUAAAGUUUUGUAUUCGUGUUUUUAAUUGAUUACGCUUGCUUUUCUUUGAUUUGCUGACUAAAAUUGUUUUAUAACCAACUUUACACUUGUAUUACAUAAUGUGUUCGAUAACAUUUUCAAUAGUUGAUGGGAAUAUUCGUAAAUAAGUGAUGGAGGCGCCAACUCCGUAACUUUAAGCUCGUGUGCGAAACUUUGUGACUUAAUAAACAUUGCGUUGUGAAAAGAUUCAGUAAUAUGGCCGCGAUAACACCGCGUCGUUCUUUGCGAAUUCCUCACAUGCAUACGCCGAAAAUGACUGAGAGGAAAAAAGGGUUAUUUCAAGGCGAGGCACCCCCACAGCCGGAGUCUUUGACGAAGCAUCGCCGGCUCCCGGUACUGGACAGCGAGAGUGACAGUGAUGACUGUGAUCUUGGCAUCAUCAGCACCAUUGAUUCAAGCUCUGGAGAGGAAACUGAUCAGAACACUCCUAAAACGCCCGAGAGAUCAACAUGGCAUGAAACAAGAAGCCAAACAAAGAAAUUAAAAGAAACACAUUACCUGAAGAAUUUCAUGAAAUCACCCUUCACACUGAAAAAGUAUCAAACACAAUAUUCAUGUCCUGAAUCAAAAUGUGGUUCAUCCUCCACACCAGCUACCCCCCACCUCCGUAACUACCCUGUCACACCGUCAUCCACACAUUCAUGCACCAGUAUACAUACAACAUCAUCAACAUCAAGCAAAGCUCGUAAAAGUCUUGCCAGUCUUAUUGCUGACACAGAAAGUUGCAGUAGCUCUCUAAAAGACCUUAAUUUCGAUUCAGAUUCCGCCACAGACUCAAAAGAGAACACACCAACUAAACCAUUAAGAAGGUCUCUCCGUAAACAUAAAAAUUCACCCAAACUUCACAGCUUCAAAGGUGUGCUACUCGAACAGAAGAAAAAUUCAUCACCAAUAAAAUAUCCCAUUGUCUGUCUAACAAAAAUGGAUUUCACAAAUCUUAUAUCACCAACCCAAAUGUUGAAAACACCACACAAUACAACUGACACGAAGGGCUCUCCACCUAAACUUAGUCACAGCAGACGGUCUGCAAUAGAAAUUGAAGAAAGCCCUGAAUCUAUUUGCGAUAGUGAAAAGAGUCACAAAAGGCUACACUAUGAUGGUAUGUCUGAUAAUGGUCCGAACUCUAAGUUUCCAAGAUUAGAUCCAAGUUUAGCACCUAAGGCUCGUCUCUCACUAUUCAAUAGCGAUAAACUCAAAGAGAUACUGUCAGCUAAAUCAUUCUAUGGCAAAAGUAAUCCAGAUUUAAAUACCAGUAUAGCAACUAAAAUAUCAAAUGCUAUAGAAUUAACGACAACUCACCCACGUCGUCCAUUCGGACAUUCUAACAGACGUAAACGAAAGCCUGGAGAAAUUAAUAUGGGUGUGAAACAUAAGAUACGUAAACCUAAAUAUAAUAAACCUAAUAUAACAAGUGUCAAAGGAAAUAUGAAAUCUUCUGAAAUUAAUUCCGAAACUAUAAAUAAAAGUAUCACAUCUCAAAGCUCUGCAAAUGAAGCUGAAUUUAAUUCAACAGAAUUAUUGACAGACAAAGUCAACCCGUUUGUACAAGAACAACAAACAAUAGAAGCACUCUUAAGUCAAUGGACUGAAGAGGAGGUCCCGGAAUCAGAGUUAAGUUUCAGGAAAACAGAAGUACGUUGCUUCAAUAAAUCAAUAAUAGAAGAGACAAGUACCAUCUUUCAACCAGUAACAGCUAUACCGGUGGAAAGUUUACCACUACCGGAAGAUUCUGACACAGUUAUAGUUGAACUGGGUGCAUCAAACAAUGACCAAGGAAAGGCAGGUCAAGAUAUAAUGGCCCAAGAUAUUGUUAUGACAGACUCUAAUAUGACAGAAAAAUCAAAAACUACAGAUUUUCUGCCUGUAGAUGGAGGAUUUAUUGUAGUUGAAGAUAAUGAAAAUAAAGAAGCAGAAGAAUUAACAGAUCUGGAUGCGAUAGAGCGGGAACUGAAGAUGUUAGAUGAGCAGAUCCUGCAGAUGGCGCAGUCCAACAACAUAAAUGCUGAAGCCGUGCUCGCCUCCACAGAAGAAGAUAUACCACGAGUCAGUCCUGAUUUGAUAUCGGAGGAAGAAAAUACACCCAAAUCUAAGCCUACAAAGUUAUUCUCAAUAUUCAACAAACCAAACCCUGGCGUUUCAAAUCUACCAAAAGGUACAGAUAAAAGCAGAAGAUGUAUACUAAAGUCUGUAAAGGACCAGUACGUGAUAGACGCAGGUCAGAAGAAGUUCGGCGUCACUCAGUGCAAUGAGUGCGGAGUUAUUUAUCAGAUCGGAGAUCCUCAGGACGAGCAUGAUCAUUUAGUUCAUCAUAAUGCAACGGAUGUUCUUAAGUAUAAUGGUAUGAAGGAGGAGUGCGUGGUGCAGCGCAGCGAGUGCGGCGCGGGGCGCGUGCUGCGCGUGCGCGGCGGCGGCGCGGGCUGGCGGCGCGCGGCGGCGCUGCUGGCGCGCCUCGUGCACCCGCAGCUCGGCUACCAGCCGGAACUGCCGCGCCUGCAACACCAUUACACGGCUUAUUUAUACGUAGAGAAGAAGCAGAUCAUAGGCUGCCUGAUUGUAGAGCCUAAAGUUAGGGCUUAUAAGUUGAUACCUGGAGACCCUGACUGCUGUAGCGUUGAAGAUUACCCUGUCAAAUGCGGUGUGUCUCGUAUCUGGACGCAUGCGAGCCACCGGCGGAAGGGCGUCGCCUCGCAGCUGGUGGACUGCGCGCGCGCCACCUUCCUGCACGCGGACAUCGUGCGCUGCGACCAGCUCGCCUUCAGCGCACCCACCGCCGCCGGGAAAGCCUUCGCAGCUAAAUACACGGGGAAUCAACAAUUCUACGUAUAUAUUGAUUAAUCUGUCAUACUACAAUUAGAAAAAAAAAUGUCUAUACUCACAACAGUGAGUAUAGACAUAAUUUCUAUACCCACUAUUGUGAGUAUAGACACAUAGGUUGACAAGUUUUUCACCAUUAAAAACCCGUCUGUUGACAGGACACCAUUAAAAACCUGUGAAAGAAUUUUAAAAUCUUUCGUCAAAUAUUUCGUCUAUAUACAGAUUGCCAUUUGUGCCAUAAGAAGUGAUUAUUUUUAAAUUCUAGGUCUAGAUUUUUUUUUUAUAAUUUGACUGUCGUUUUAGGUAUUCGUUUUUGUCACAAUGUUUUCAACAAUAUUAGUGUUUAAUUUGAACCGACGAAUUAGAUUAUUUUCUUGUAAUGUUUUUCUAAAAAAAAGUAUUUUUUUAAUAAACAUUUUACCAAUGUUUGCUUUCAUGACGUGAUUUAUUCGAUUUUUUUGAACGUGUUGUUAAAAAAAUUACUCUUUAGGGGCCAAUUUGUUCAAAAUUUCUCUAUAUUUAGGUUUUGUACGAAACUUAUAUUUUUAUAUAAUUUUACAUUUUUGAUAAAAGAACUUUAAUUCUUGGAGCGUGUGUUCAUUUGACUAAAUUAUCGCACAACUGUUUAGUCCCGCUUUGGUUCCUAUGGAGGUGCGAAGUACUGUUUAGUUUGUUUAGUUGUACAACUAAAAAUCGAUUGUGGAACAAUCGCACAACAGUUGUGCGACAGUUUAGUCAAAGGUGUUCUCCAGCUCUUAUAAGGUUGCUUUUUGAUAUAUUUUUAUACUUGCACGCUCAUUAUGUAUAUGAAUAAAAUGUUUGUAU